UCUGAGACCAUGCUACCAAGUUUGGUGUCACUGCAAUCUCAGAAGUCAGAAGAAUAUCUGAAACAGAAGAAGAGGGAAAAGGGGGAAUAUAAGUGAUAUCUCUAGCGUGUCAGGUGAAAUUGGCAGUAACUGAGAGCAGAAAGUCAUGAUAAGACUGCUGUUUGGAGUGGUUAGCUGAACUCUUACGUGCUGCUGCGUGGCAUGAGGGUGGUUUCGGACGGGAAGUUUCAUCUGAUUUGAAGGAAGAAACAUGAAGACUGUCAAAAAACCGCAAUCUUUCAGCAACCACCGCACACUUCCAGCAAAACAAUGACUGUUUUUACGACACAUCUCGCGAAGUGUCGCUUGCAAACUCGUGCUGAAUAAUGGACCAGUCCGUGGCGAUUCAAGAGACUUUGGCCGAAGGAGAAAGCUGCUCUAUAGCUGUGGAGUGUGUUUCCCUGCUGAAUGACGUGAGGGACAGCAAGUUGAUAGGAUUGGUGCGGCAGGACAAGGAGCAUGCGUUGUUUAUAUAUUCCCAUCGAAGGAUGGCCAUCACUGCCGAUGAUGUCACGCUGGAGCAAAUCAUUCCUAUUUCUUAUGACUUUUCAGUUGUUGAAGUUUCAUCUCCAGAUGAGCUUGCGGUUGUUGGUGCAGAUACUCGAGUGCGGGUAACUUUUCUGGAGGAGGAGCUGGAGCUGAAGUUGCCGUUUGGUUCUCACACCCGUCUCUUCCUCAGUGAAGUGAAUCGGGCCUGGAGUGAUGUCUGUCAGCAGUAUCCAAAAGAAGAACCCAAGUUUGACUGGCUCACCAAGUACCGUAAAGUGUCAAAAGGGGCGAGAUCACUGAGAAAGUCAAUUGGAGCAGCAACUGUCAAGAUGAGUCAGAUGAAGAAAUCAGAGAGAGCACACGCAGCCAACAGCAGCGGACUGAAGAAAGAGGACGAGAGCGCCAGAGGAGAUGCAUUGCAAAGUCAGGAGAAGGUGAAGGGUGAGGUGAAAGAUGACCUGAUCCGAAACUCCCAGCCCGUCCUGUCUAAUAAAGCGCAGAUGCUCGGGAUGCCGCAGUUCGGUCUGCGGGAUAACCUCAUCAAAUGUGAGCUCCUGAAAAACGAGGACGCCUACACCUACAUCGAGAACUACAGCUUCUUCUUGGGCACCUACAAUGUGAAUGGCCAGUAUCCAAAAGAGAGUCUCAGUCCAUGGCUGGCAUCUACCACCAGCCCUCCAGACUUCUACCUGAUUGGUUUCCAGGAGCUGGAUCUUAGCAAGGAGGCGUUUCUCUUCAAUGACACUCCUAAGGAACCCGAGUGGAUGUUAGCCGUCUACAAGGGUCUCCAUCCAGAUGCCAAGUACGCUUUAGUGAAGCUGGUGCGGCUGGUGGGAAUCAUGCUGUUGUUCUACGUGAAGGCCGAACAUGCGCCUUACAUCUCUGAGGUGGAGGCCGAGACCGUCGGCACAGGCGUCAUGGGACGGAUGGGUAAUAAAGGCGCAGUUUCCAUCCGCUUCCAGUUCCACAACUCGGACAUCUGUGUGGUGAACUCGCACCUCGCCGCUCAUACCGAAGAGUUCGAGCGACGCAAUCAAGACUUUAAAGACAUCUGUCGCAGGAUUCAGUUCAGACAGGAGGAUCCCACAUUACCACCCCUUACCAUCCUCAAACACAAUGUUGUGUUGUGGCUGGGAGAUCUGAACUACCGAAUCAGUGAUCUCGAAGUGGAUCAUGUGAAGGACUUGAUCGCUAAAAAGGAUUUUGAGACCCUGCAUAAUUAUGACCAGCUGAAGCGGCAGAUGGAUGAGGAAGUUGUGUUUGUUGGCUUCACUGAGGGAGAGAUUGAUUUCCAGCCCACAUACAAAUACGACACUGGAUCAGAUCAGUGGGACACCAGUGAGAAGUGUCGAGUUCCAGCGUGGUGCGACCGCAUCCUGUGGAGGGGGAAGAGCAUUAAACAGCUUCAUUACCAGAGUCACAUGACCCUGAAGACCAGUGACCACAAACCUGUCAGCUCUCUGCUAGAUAUCGGGAUCAAAGUGGUGAACGAGGAGUCGUACAAGCGCACGUUUGAGGAGAUCGUGAGGCACAUCGACAGACUGGAGAACGACUGCAUCCCUUCAGUGUCUCUGUCUGAGAGAGAGUUCCACUUCCAGGACGUGAAGUUCAUGCAGCAUCAGGCGAGGACUGUGACGGUCCAUAAUGACGGACAGGUGCCGUGCCAGUUUGAGUUCAUUCAGAAGCUGGACGAGCCUGCGUACUGCAAGCCCUGGUUAACAGCACACCCAGCUAAAGGCUUUCUGGCCCAGGGUGCCAGUGUGGACAUCGACCUGGAGGUGUUUGUGAACCGUCACACAGCCCCAGAGCUGAACGCAGGCCUGCAGCAGCUGGAGGACAUCCUGGUCCUGCAUCUGGAGCGCGGUAAAGAUUACUUCAUCUCCAUCACCGGCUCCUACCUGCCCAGUUGCUUCGGCUCAUCCCUCAGUGCUCUGUGUCUGCUGAGAGAGCCCAUCCAGGACAUGCCUCUGGAGAGCAUCCGAAAGCUGAGUGUGAAGUCAAAUAGUCCAGUGAUUGACUCGACCGAUAAACCUCAAGAAAUCCCCAAGGAAAUCUGGAUGAUGGUGGACCAUCUCUUCCGUUAUGCAAAAAAACAGGAAGACCUCUUUCAGCAGCCCGGCCUGCGCAGCGAGUUUGAGGAGAUUCGGGAUUGUUUGGACACGGGCUGCUUAGAUACUCUCCCUGGCAGUAAUCACUCAGUGGCUGAAGCUCUGCUGCUGUUCCUUGAUGCUCUUCCUGAACCAGUGAUUCCCUUCUCCUUCUACCAGCAGUGCUUGGAUUGCUGCUCCGAUAGCAUCCAUUGUCGACAGAUCAUUUCAAUGCUACCUCAGUGCCAUAAAAAUGUUUUUAACUAUUUAACGGCCUUUCUUCAAGAGCUGUUGAGGCACUCCGCUUACAAUCGGCUGGACGUCAAUGUUGUAGCGCCGAUCUUUGCUGGCCUUUUACUGAGGUCUCCUGACAAGCAAGAUAUCAAUGAGAAAAGAAAAGUGAAGGAGUUUUUCCAGCAUUUCUUGGUCCAGACCUCCUCUGACAGAGACAUUCAUGAGAAAUCACCUGAAUAAUGUUCUGCGUCAUGUCGCCUUUAUUAUUUUACAGCCCUAGUCUUUCCAGCAGGAUCAUGUUGACCAACUUUGUUAGCAGCCAUUUAAUUCUGCGCAUUUUAAACAGUCACGGAAACUAAUUUGUUUUAUUACAAAGCAGAUGAGAAAUGUUUAUUUAAUUAAAAAGUAUUUGUAUUUUGAUGUUUGUACAUACAAAACAGCAGUUCUUUUAUAAUAAAUCUAAACCGUUAUAACA